GGAGACAUAAAUUGCCGACUGUGCUGAGAAGUUGCCAGUUGCCAAGUUUGCUGUGCUUGCUCCCUCCGCUCGCAUUGAAAGCCCGGGCACUCUCUGUCGCUGGGACUCUUGCUCACCGCUUGCCAGCCUCCUCCAGAGCUCUUCUCGGCUGGGCCUGUGGCUUCGAAGUUUUUUUGUUUUUUCAUCUUUUCACAACCCACAAAAACCACUAGCUGCUGAGGCUCCAACGAGAUCAAGAUGUGGACCGCGCCAGUGUUGCUCUGGGUUUUGGGGAGCGUUUGGUUCUGGGACUCAGCGCAGGGAGGGGCCAUCGGUGCGCUAGAAGAUGAUCUUGUGACCCCGGGUCCAGGAGAUGACAUGGUGAACCCAGGUCUAGAAGACAGAAUAGAAACCACGGACACUACAGGAGAACUGGAUAAGUCAACUGCCAAGGCGCCUCUGGUACCAACACAGCCUCCCAUUGAGGAACUGCCGACCUCAGGAACCUCCGACCACGAUCACAAAGAACAUGAGAGUACAACCACUGUCAAAGCGGUGACCAGCCACUCCACGGACAAGAAAACAACUCACUCCAAUAGAGAUAACGCAGGCGGUGAAACGCAGACCACAGAUAAGAAAGAUGGCUUGGCUGUAGUGACCCUGGUCGGAAUCAUAAUUGGCGUCUUGUUAGCCAUUGGCUUCAUUGGAGGGAUCAUCAUUGUGGUUAUGAGGAAGAUUUCUGGAAGGUUCUCGCCCUAAAGAGCCAAACAGAACUGGUUGUUCUCCCAACACAUCUGAAAAUAAGAGAGCUUCCACCUUGCCCUGUUCCCCAUCCUCUUCCUGUGGAGGAAGAUGACCCAUGGAAUGCCCACCCACCCCUCUCACAGCCAUGGUGACCCCUCCACUUGCCAGCAGUACCAAAGGAAAGAUACGGGACAAGCCACUGGCCCCUCGAACCAUCUGCCUUUGGAAAUCAAAUUUUUUAAUAUAAAUGUUAUGAUUGAGGACCACAUGCAUAGAAAAAUGGUGCAAAAACCGAGACAGUAUCAUCAGCUUUAUCAACUGUAACCAUGGGUUGGUUCUUCCGGGCCAGUCCCAGUCUGUUAAGAGGCAAAAGAAUUUGGAAAUGUUACCUCACAGAGGCACGGGUCUUUUUGCAGUUGCCAACCUGCAAAUGCAGUUGAUGCAUACAUAUUCCAGCCUAGUGGGGUCUGAAUCAGUGCAUUGAAAGUAUAAACCCAAAAUCAGGCGUGAUAGGCAGCCCCUCAGGGAGCUUCAUUAUACCUUUUCAGAAGCAUCCACUGCCUUCAGUUCCCGGAAGAUACCUUGCUUUUUACAAGCCUCCAAACCCUCUCUAAGCCUCAGAUGACUCAAUGACCCAGAGGUCUGUCUACUCCACUCCCCCUGGUGAUGGAAAGCCCAAGUUGAGGAACCAUGUCCUCACCUCCCUAGGCCUCAAGCCUUCAGAUCAACCGCUUCUUUCUGGACGAUGGAGACCUCAUCCCAGAUGCUCAGAAAGUUUGUUGGAUGUCACAAAAUGCCAGAGCCUCAGCCGCUGUCGAACCAAGAACGAAACUCAGUCCUUAAGUGGAAGUGACUCCUGUGCCUGCUUUAGCGUAGGAAAUGAGACCAACCAGUUUCUAGCACCUGCCUUCUGCUUCCCAGGAAAGACGGAGAAAAAAAUAAUCUUGUAUGUUCUUAACUGCUUCUAGGUGGUGGAUGGAAAGGUUUGAUGUUAAUUUCCGGUCUUCGUGACAUACCACAUCUUCCCAUGAGGACUCGGUGUUGCUGGCACAAGAGCUGUAGUGUCUUGGUUACCUGUGUUGGUACUCAAUACAGUGUAGACAUCUUUUCAAAUAAAAUAUGAUUGUGU